UGUGAAGAUGAAGAGAGUUUUUGCUUGUCUGAAGAAAACAUGAAUUCACUCAAAGUCCUCCUUCACCAGUUGGAGAGCAGAAAGGCAGAGAAUGAACGUGUUUGUGACUCUUAUCGGGAGAAGAUCCAUGAACUAUGGGAAAGGUUGCAGAUUCCACAGGAAGAGCGUGAUGCAAUUUCUGAACACAUGACCCUGUCAAAGAAAAUAAAUACGGAAGCUUUACAAGCUGAGGUUAAACGUCUUGAAGAACUGAAGCUUAAAAAUAUUCAGAAUGGUACCGAGGACAUUCGGAACGACAUUGCAGUCUUCUGGGAUAAGUGCUUUUAUAGCACUGACCAACGGCAAGCUUUUGUGCCCUAUUAUGAUGAUGAUUUUAGUGAGGAACUCCUGAGUUUGCAUGAUGCAGAAAUAGUGUGGCUUAAACAGUAUUAUGAGGAUCAUAAAGAUCUUUUUGAAGGUGUUCACAAAUGGGAGGAAAGCUGGAGACUUUUUUUAGAGCUUGAAGAAAAGGCCAAAGAUCCAGCCAGAUUUACCAACAGAGGAGGAAACCUUCUAAAGGAGGAGAAACAACGGGCUGAUCUGGUCAAAGGUCUCCCCAAG